AUGGCAGUGAGAUCUGAAUUCUUUUGCAAAUACGAAUUGUCAUGGCAAAGGCUGAUUGGCGUAUUCGGAGACGGCGCCUUUGUCAGUGCUUGUAGCUCGGUCACGAUUCAUGCAGAUGAUUUGGGAACAGAACAUAAAAGACUGCUAUUUCAUACGGAAGUACGCUGGCUCUCAAAAGAAAAUGUGUUAGUUAAAUUAUUUGAACUUGAAGUGAUUCGAUUUUUGGAAAUUCAAAACAAAACUGAAUUGUGUAUGGAACUCCGAAAGCCAAGUUGUGUUGACCACAGUGUUAGACUGUUGUGUGGAGACUCGAACAUAAUUUAUCACUGGGAUGCUAUCACUGCGUAUACUGAUAAACUGCUACUUUGGGAAUGUAAAAUUGUAACCUGCUUUCCCAUAUUGUUUGGAAUCCUGGGAGAAGCAGGUCUUGAAGAAGACGGAUACUAA